AUGAAAGCAGUUGGUGUGAAUGGAUCGAAAGGGUCUGCUGAUGCCCUAUUCGUCGAUACUCUACCAGUUCCUGAGCCCGAAGAUGGCCAAGCCUUGGUGAGAAUCAAGGCAUUUGGUCUGAAUCGAAUGGAUCUUUUGCAGCGUGAAGGGAAGUACCCUGUUCCUCCCCAGGCGCCCAGCACCAUGGGAGUAGAGUUUUCCGGUAUCAUCAAAAAACUCGGCAAAAAUACCGAGGAGGAUUUUGCCGUGGACGAUCAGGUCUUUGGCUUAGCGUAUGGAGGAGCCUAUGCCGAAUAUAUAGUUGUGUCGACCCAUAUGUUGAUACGCAAACCUGUUGAAAUGUCAUGGGAAGAGACAGCAGGGAUACCCGAGACAUGGUUCACGGCUACCCAGGCCCUGUAUCUGAUCGGCGGCUUCAAGCCAGGAGACUCUGUUCUUUGGCAUGCGGGGGCAUCAUCGGUUUCUAUAGCGGGAAUCCAGCUUUGCAAAGCUGACGGCGCCUCCGCGGUUUAUGUGACUGCGGGCUCGCGCGAAAAGAUCGACUUCUGUGUCAACGAAUUGGGGGCUUCGGCCGGUUACAACUAUAAGACCCAAAACUGGGCAUCGGAAAUUGUGAAAGAUACCGAUCGCCGAGGUGUUGAUCUUGUCAUUGAUUUCGUUGGUGCGGCGCACUUCCAAGGUAAUCUCGAUGUUGUCGCCCGAGAUGCUCGCAUCGUACAGCUGGGCCAGAUGAGCGGGUCAGUCCUUCCCGCGGGUACCAACAUCAGCGCUCUUUUGAUGAAAAGAAUUAGACUGGAAGGAAGUACACUUCGGAGCCGAGAUUUGGAGUAUCAGAGGAGGCUGCGUGACCUUCUGGUGGAACAUGCAAUGCCAAAGUUUAAGGAUGGAACUUUCAGGGUAUUCGUCGAAAGAGUUUUUCGUCUGGAACAAAUAGCAGAUGCGCACAAAUUACUUGAGAGUAAUUGUACCAAAGGGAAGAUCAUCUGCACCGUUGAUUAA